GGUAUUUCUAGCAGAAUAUCUUAUUGGUGUGUACAGUACGCGGACCAAUCGUGGGUUUUCUGACAGGCGUCAAAUAUCACGUUUUUCAGCUGAGUCCACGAGACCUCCUGAACGUUACCCGCCUAAAUAUCUUCAGCACUUUCACCGCAAAAGAAGCCAGAUUCAAAAGCGCACAAGUAUGGAUUAUUCAUGGCGGCUUUUCCAAAGGUCAUGGACAUUCGUUCUUUCUCCCUUUGGUCUCGACCGUUUCUUCACCUUCUUGAAAGGGCGGAAGUUGACAUUCGGAUUUUGGGUCAAGUACUCUACUGAUCGUGUCAUACUUCCUCCUUCUGGUGGCUCGUAUGUAAGUCUCGAUCAAAUAAUUUACAUAAUACCUGUCCUGACGGGCCUAGGAGAGACAGCUAGUUUACGAGCCAUUGGAGCAUCGAGAUAGCAUUCGUCUCCUGGUCCUAUUCAAAGGGAAACCGAUGGAUCCAAUACGGGGAGAACUCAUUCAAGGUCGUAUAAAUGAUCAUCCAGAAUUCAGUGCCUUAUCAUAUUGCUGGGGCGACACAUUAAUUUCUUCAACUAUCCAUUUGGAACAAGGGGGCGUCCAAGUCACAGAGAACGGUUUAUUAGCCCUUCAACAAUUACGGUCAACUGAUAAGAAUACCAUUCAUUGGAUAGAUCAGAUUUGUAUCAACCAAAUUGAUUUGCAAGAGAAGAUCAACCAGAUUCGGCAUAUGCAAGAGACCUACAGGCAAGCUGAAAUGGUAAAUAUCUGGCUAGGACCAUCAACUUCUAACAGCGCUUUGGGAAUUGAAUUAUUUCGAGACUUUGCUACUCAUGACCUCAAGUCGCAUUCGAAAUCGGUAUGGCAGCUGCACUCUCCUAAUCAAGUCAUCGUUGCAAUCGAAGAUAUUCUUUCUCGGUCCUGGUUUGAACGCAUUUGGGUUGUCCAAGAAGUAGUAGCCGCUAACAAAACCACAAUGCUAUGCGGUCAAUAUCACUUUUCCUGGAUACCAAGCGACAUCUCUCAACUCCGACGUUUUCAACGUGGCAUCAAAUUCGCAGAGAUCUCACCGGAAUGGGAACAACUUGGUUUGAAAGUAAUAGACAUGCGUUUGUUUCUCGAUCUUUUGGCUCUACAACUGAAAGAACAACGGAAGAAAGCGCGGAUUGAAUACAGAGUGCCAUCAGACCUUCUCGAUGUCAUGCAUGAGCUACGCUACAAGAAGUCAUCUGAUCGAAGGGACAUGAUAUUUGCUCUGAUGGGCUUAGCGGAUACAGAGAUCAUGCCUGACUAUGGCAGAACUGUCGAAGAGUCCUUUCAAUCUCUGAAGGAGCCGAUGGACUUAUCCGAUGAUACAAGGAAUCGCUGUAGGCCCAGUCCAUGCUUAAAACUCGUAUUUCGCUGACAUGAACUUCAUAGCCUUGCUAACUUGAGUAGCUAUGUGAUCUGAGAACGAAUACUUGGAAUUGAUAUGCUUUACUAUUAUUGCAAUUACAAUUUUUAACGCGGUCCGAAAGAAUCAUGGAGGCGGACUGGAGUUACUCUUAAUUGUAGGAGGACAUAAAUUGUCUUGUUGGCUUUCCUUCUUGAACGAUUCUGCAGUACGCCUUACCGAAAACACUGGUAAGUUGGAUGCUUGAAAUAGAUGGCGA